AUGUCAGAAACCACGAUCCAGUGCAUAAAAGGCCGCGAAGUCAUUGACUCGCGGGGAAACCCCACCGUUGAAGUUGAUGUCGCACUUGCCGGUGGCGCCUUUGGCCGCGCUGCCAUUCCUAGUGGUGCCAGUACAGGCGAGCACGAGGCUUGCGAGCUCCGUGAUGGCGACAAGGCGCGCUUUCUUGGAAAAGGCGUGCUGCAAGCCGUCGCUAACGUGAACGACAAAAUCGCUCCUGCCCUGACUGGUAACUGUGCCUCGAAUCAAGCUUCGCUCGAUGGGACCAUACUCGCACUCGAUGGCACGAAAAAUAAAACAGCUCUCGGUGCCAACGCCAUCCUCGGAGUCUCCCUCGCCGUAGCACGCGCCGCCGCCGCCGCCGCUGGUCUUCCACUUUACCGUUACCUUGUGGCCAAUGCCAAGGUGCUCCCCGUCCCCAUGAUGAACAUCAUCAAUGGCGGUUCUCACUCAGAUGCCCCAAUCGCUUUCCAAGAAUUUAUGAUUCGCCCUAUCGGCGCACCGACUUUCAGCGAAGCGGUGCGUAUGGGUGCCGAAGUUUUCCACAACCUCAAGGCCGUACUUCACGAUCGUGGUCUUUCCACUGCGGUGGGUGAUGAAGGUGGCUUUGCUCCAACCUUCGAUAGCACCAUCGAUGCACUCGACACCGUCUCUCAAGCGGUUGAAAAAGCAGGUUAUAAAGUGGGUGAGGACAUCACCUUCGCUCUCGAUUGUGCUGCGUCCGAAUUUUUCUCUGAUGGCACCUACGACUACACCAAGUUCGAGGGCGAUAGCGGCGAGAAACUUUCCUCACCGGAACAGGCCGGCUUCCUCGCUGAACUCUGCGAGAAGUAUCCCAUCGAUUCCAUCGAGGACGGCUGCGACGAAAACGACUGGGACGGCUGGAGCACUCACGAUAAAGUAGGCGAUAAGAUUCAACUCGUCGGCGAUGACCUUUUCGUCACGAACGUUGAAUUCCUCCAAAAAGGAAUCGCUCGUGUGGCAAAUUCGAUUCUAAUCAAGGUCAACCAAAUCGGCACCCUUACCGAAACGCUUGAUGCCAUCGAACUGGGCAAAAUCCAUGGCUAUAACUCCGUCAUUUCCCACCGCUCUGGUGAGACUGAGGACAGCACUAUCUCCCACAUCGCGGUCGGCACGAACGCGGGUCAGAUCAAGACUGGCUCUAUGUCCCGUUCCGAUCGUAUCGCCAAAUACAACCAGCUCCUCCGAAUAGAGGAAGCCCUUGGCGACAACGCGAUCUACGCGGAAACGCUGGGUUGA